AAUUAAUGAAUCCUUCUUCCAUGCUACCCGUUUUCUCUCUCCUGCUUUCCUUCCUCCUUCAUUCUAAGUCUCAAGGGAUUCGCUUAGACGAAGGAUUUUCAAAGGAUACGCAACUUCUCAAACAUCAAGUAGGUUGUGAAGUUAUAAUUAAUCACUUAAGGUUCUGUUCUGUGUCUAUGAUGAGUUCUGGUUUUUGACAUGAAGCUUUUGGCUUUCUGGUCGCUCAAGGCGCAUAAUAGUGGUGGCUGUGAUGACCACGAAGCCAGUCUCUGCAACCAUGUACAGAACUGCAACAGUACGGCAGGAAAAAGGGCAAAGAAUAGGAAAUUAUUUGUUCCCACGUCCAUUUCUACCACCCAUACUACUGCAUCUAAGAAAGCGAAGAUGAUUGAGAAUAAUAAAAAUGCAAGGGUGAAAUGGGCGGCUACUUCUUGGAAGCAGCAUGAAGAACUUGUAGGCAUAGCUGAGAUGGACUAUACUGCAGCAAGAAGAAAGCCCCCAAUACACAAUUAGAAAUGGCCACAAAAGUUUGAUUUUUGUAUCCAUAUACCACAAAUUAUUUCACUUGUACAUCAUAAUCUCUCCAUUUCAAAAUAUUUAGAAUUUCAUGUUAAAUACAAU